GCGGUUUGACAUAAGUCAGUUACUCAUCGUGAGUCCAUGAAGGUUACAAUCAUUAUGACGGCAAUGACUGAAAAGAUGGUGACGAGGAGGAGAAAGGAGAGGCGUGGAGUUAUCCACCACCCUGUUUGGCGGCGUUUUUGUAUUUCACAGUUGUUGCUGGCUGUCGCACUUGCGCCGGGAACGCAAAUCCAAGACUCCAACUGGAAGGGGGGUUUGGUCACCGUUCUUGCCACCGCGGCUAUCAGCUCCUCCUCUUCCUCCUCCUCCUCCUCCUCCUCCUCUUUAUCCUCCUCCUCCUCUUCCUCCUUGAUGUUAUCCUCUGACACAUUGUCAUUGCAUUCGCCGUCUGCGGUGCUCCGAGGAGAGAGCAUCAGUGGCACUCCGACAACUCAAUGGAUUGAAGAAGAUGACGAUUAUGGGGCUGAGGAGGACGAUGUGCAUCGUUAUCAUCGCCAUACCCAUCAUCUUCAUCAUCCCGGUUAUCGCCAUCGCCAUCGCCAUGAGCAGCGUGAUCUGCAGCGGCAGCUCGGCGUUACUGAUGAAACCAGCGCUCAAAAACUUGAAAUCCUCGACGAGAAUCUGCUGACAAUUCGAGGCAAUGCAAUCAGCAACUUCGUGCCGGGCAACACGUCCUCGCUAUUUUGGUCGGACGUGUGGUCGCUGUCGCUCUCGCCGGAGGACCGGUCGUUGUUCUUCCUUGUGAACGAUGGGUUAUGGAGGGUCGACACGCAGCCAGCGGAAAGAGCACUAGGGAACAUUUCACGAGUCGCAGGGCCUUGGCGUCCGCCAGACGAUCGCGGUUACUCCCAAGCUUUUGCAAUGCUUGAUCGGGCAACACCAUCGGCCAACCCCUUAGCGCUUAACAGGAUUGCGAUAGUCGAUGAUCCUUACAACCGCUCUCUGCGUGCUUUCAACGUAGACAACGGCUCGAUUCCCCCUCUGUUCUCCCUUCUAGGAUACAUGCCGGUCACACUUAACGAGUCGAGAUUUCUUAGCUUGGCUUGGGAUUCGAAGCGCGGCAUCUUGUACGGGUCGUCGCAGAGUGCGCUGUAUCGGAUGAACCUCACCGUCAGCUAUGGACAGAACGCCGUGCUGGAGCGGUGGGUAGGUCCUGAUCGGAGUUUCACUGGUCUUCAGGAUAGCAGCGAUGAUCCUAGGGCCGUCAGAUUCAAUAAGCCCUUCGUCAGCUCGUCCGCCAUAUCUGCGGACGGCGAGCUCCUCUACGUGGCAGAUCGACAGAACUCGGUGAUCAGAAGGGUGAAGACGGCCUCGGGAGUCGUCGAGACGGUCGCCGGCAGGGGGUCUCCAGUUACCCUGGAUGCCCUUGGAAUCGGCGCGGAGUUUCGCGAGCCUAUAGGGCUGGCUUUGACAUCCGAUGGGUGUCAUUUAUUUGUCUCAGAAUUUGCCGGAGGAACGCUGCACCUGGUCACAUUCGAGUAUAGUGGUGGGCCUGUUGUCAGUGUUCGUAGUGUCGCCGGGGCACACCGUACAGACCAGGGGAGCGGUUUUUUGCUAUUGGGAAUGGCCAUCUCGCCAGACGACGAUGCUCUUUACAUAGGAAGAGCGAUCUACAGUAUUGUGGAGCUUGGGAUUAAUAAAUCGGCGCUUGAGGGUCGAGGUGAAGAACUUGAAGUCUUGAAGGACUUGGCGGAGGUGGCAAAGCAGGAGCAGGAGCAGGAAUCAGGAGCAGGAGCAGGAGCAGGAGCAGGAGCAGGAGCAGGAGAAGGCGCAGGAGGAGAUGGGCAUAGUCGGCUCUUGUGAUCUGGGUGUCAUGUGAGCUGGGAAAGAUCAGGCACUUCAAGAAGAUAAGGCAUGUCAGCGCCAAUCUCGAG